CGCUCUGUUACUAACGGGCCAUCUUUUCGCACGUCCACCACGCAGACUGUGUUCGAACACGAAAGGAGCAACAACAAUUCUGCCCACAUCGGACCGCUAAAUCGGGGCGCAUCGUGUGUCGAGCAAAGACAGAUUUCCAAUCUGAAAGUUUCGGUGAUAAAAUAACUGUGUUUGAUAGACAUAUUUGAUAGGAAAAGCAAACGAAACCAUGAAACAGACACAACAAAUUGAUUAGUUGUUCUAUUUCGACGGAACGAUGUCAAGUAGAUUUUGAAGGAUUCAGUGGUCAGCUGUACGGAAGGUUUUUCACGGUCUAGGCUGGACCUCCUGUGAAUGUAGUUUUAAUGGUAUUUAAUUUUGAAUAUGUUGCUGGUGAUAAAAUGAAUUAAAAAGUGAAUUCGACGGUUUCUACUCGAACUAUAUUCCACGAAGAAUGCAUUCAGACAGGACUUAAAGUGGGUGGUGCUUCCGAAAGGAGGACAAAGUUGCCGUCCCGAAAGGGAACAGUUUGGUUCUUUCGAUUGCAAUUCGCGUUGGAAUUACAAGCACACAGCUAGAGGUGAACAAAACCGAGUGCUAGAGUUCAAAAGUUUGGUGAAAAGCAAAAAAAUAUGAUGGUGUCCUAGAAAAUGUCAAAAUUUUCGUACAUAAAAUAUCGAUCGACAGCAGUUUCAGUGGUGUUAUAUCCGUUCCGCUACAUAAAUAUUCGUAGGAUUGGUUUGCAGACGCACCAACACAAACUCGUCGGAACGCUUUGAACGGAUUAUUGCAUGUUUCUAUCUGACAAAUUUUUACAUCAUCAUCAUCAUCACUGCCGUUACUCAGUUAGCCGGGUAAGGAUCUGUCGAAGGUCAACUCGACAAACGCCUUUCGGUAACUGUGCUAAAAGUUCUGAAGCCGUGCUUGAUGUGGUGAAGGGGAAGAAUAAAAAUUUCAAAUGUAAUCAAUGCGAUUUUCAGAGCUGUCUUGAAAAUGUUACCAUUACUCAGUGCCCCAGAAAGGCGGUGUGGGUGGUCUAUCGAAAAGUGAUUAAAAAUAGAAGUUCCUUUGAAAGUUUUGCGAACUGUUGCAAAGCUAUUACCCCAUGCCGGUGUGUUGGUGAAGGUGGGUUUGACCCACCAGUACGACACUGUAUAAAUGUGUUUGCUGUUGUUGGCAAGUUGGAAGGUUCUGUUGUUUUUAUUGUGUCCUUCGACUCUCGGCAUGGCCGGUGUGUUCUUUCUAAACGACUCUGUGCAAAAUUCUUCUACUAGAGCUCAGACGUAGACCAGAAAUUCCCCGAGAAAUGUGAGCCUGUUGGCGUGUUAGAAGAGAAUAAUAAUUGUUCCGGCUAUAAAUGAGUUAGGCUAGAAAUGUUAAUUAAUGCUAGAUCAAAGCAAAAGUGCUGUGUACUGAAAAUUUGUGGAUAUCCGGAUGCGGUUGUGAUCCCACUCGGCUCCGCUGCUGUACCUUCGCAGUGCUGUUCCGCCGGCAGGAUUUUGAUUCGUCCGGUGAACCAGAGGCGUGGCAGUGUAAUUUAAAUUGAAUUGAAACUCGGCCAGUCCGAUUCAGGAUAACAAUUGUCGAGUGUUGUUGGUGGCGGUGUCGGAACCGGAAUGGUCUCACUGGUGCCGCAAAUGAUUUGCGGUUUUUUGAUUGAUGCAAAUGUUUUGGCCAGACAAAACGCAAUCGAACCGACUACGAACUAAUCGGAUUUCAAGUGGUGUUUCGGCUCCCAUCUGGAUGCGUGCGUGGGUGUAGAAAGAAAAAAAAAAGCAUAACACGAAAACAAUCAAAUUGCGAAUCGAUUUAUUGUCACUGGGUUUGUGCUGCUAGUGAUAGCCAUUGUUCUGUGCUGAUGUGCGGUGAAGUUCUGAAGUUGACGCAAUAGAAGCAGAUUCAAUUUGGGAGUAUAUUUUCAAACAACAGCUGGAUAUUGCUGAUGAAACCGAGUAGGUGUUGUGACCGAAUAGCACAAACUGCUGGUGCACUGUAAAGUCGCAAAUGCCGAUUGGAAAUGUUCCCUAUCACCAUCGAAGGAAGUACUCUUCUCAAGUUCAACCGGAUUACCAGUCACGAAUAUUUUUUGGCGAGUUUAUGCGAGAAAACCGGAUACGCGUGGGUGCCAGUGCGACUGUGAAUGGAAACCCAGUAACCUCGUCGACGUCGUCGUCGUCCGCGUCGUCGUCAUCGUCCUCGUCGUCCGCUUUGUCGGCGACAUCGGCGUCCCAGCUAACGGCCAGUGUCAGUGCGGGUUGCGGGGACAGGGUAUGUACCGGAACUGGUACCGGGGAAGAGUUGUACUCCGUUUCAGCCGGUUCCGUCAGCUCGUCGGGGGACAGUACGGCUUCGUCGCUGCUGGCACAAGACAUUUGUAAUAGCAAUACCCCGGUUGCCAGCAGUCAGUGCUCUACUCCGGUCGGAAGUGGUGUCAAUAAUUUCGGUACCGUCCGCAGUCACAGUGCUCAUAACGGUAAUGGACCGAUUUCGCCGGUAUCACCCCAGCAACAGCAACAGCAGCAGCAGAUAAGCUCAUUGGGGGUUGCGGCAAUUGUGCAGCAACCGAGUGCACAAAGUUAUCUUGCGUCCGCACUCUAUACAGGACAACGGAUUGUGCCAUCUGGUGCCUCUGUUGGUGGUGGAAGUUCAGUAGUGGAAUCAGGAGUUGGAGUCGUAUCGGUUUCGGGCAGCAGUAUUUGUACUAAUAAUAAUAAUAAUAAUAACAAUAAUAGUAGUAGUAAUAAUAAUAAUAAUAGUCAUAACGGUAUCAACAACAAUAACAACACGGUAGACUGCGCUGCCAACAAUGGAGAAUUAUUAGCUACCGGAGGACCAAAUUUAAGCUUAUCUGGUGCAUCGGUCGGUAGUCGGAAAAAUAGCUGCAGCAGUAAUGACGACGUCCAGCAUCACAACACAACCGGUCCCAUCUCGAGUACAAACCACUACACGCUGGGUGGUGGCAGCAUAGACGUGCAGCAGCAACAACAACAACAACAGCAAGCUUCCCACUGGCAGCAUCCAGGUCAACCACAUCAGCAACAGCAACAGCAACAACAACAACAACAAUCAUCGAGUCUAUCAAGUAGUAAUAGUUUAAUUAAUACCAAUAAUCUAAUAAAGGAUAGGGAUAGCACCAAUUACGUGACCACAACGGCGAUCCUGACUCUCGGUGCCACGGUGAGCAGCACUGGUGGCGGCGGCGGCAGCGGCUGUGGCGGCGGUGGUACCGCUCUAAACAACAACAACAACAACCACCACCACAACAGUGGCAAUAAUCUAGCGGUGGGCGCUUCCGCCGUGUCAUCGACAAUGGCCAGUUCUACGGCUAUUUCGCCUCCACGACCAAUGCAGAAGGUGAUACCGACGGUCGUUUAUCUGAUGUCCCGCAUCGCUGUACAUAUGGAAAUCGAGGGCACCGCACAAUGUCCGGCUCAGGUCAUGCUUGCCGCGGCACUCGGCUGUGAAGAACUAGGAAUUACCAAUAAGCUGUUGGCGCAAAGUGUGUUCGGCCUGUGGAUGACCAGCCCGCUACUGGAGGUCCAACUGAAACCGCACCACAGGCCGUACGCGGUUCGGGUCGCGUGGUCCAAACUGCUCGAUAAACACAGCCACCGGAACGAACUGGAGAAGCUUUCCGACGAGCCGAUGACGAUGCUGCGGCGGAAUGUAUUCUUCCCCAGAAAGGACGAGGAAAAGAUCAAAGAUCCUCGAUUACUGGAACUGUUGUACGAGGAAGCCCGGCACAAUGUUCUGCUGGGACGGUACGUCAUGGAAUCUUCCCACUCGAUCAUGCUCGGAGGCAUUCAGGCGAGGAUAGAACUGGGCCCGUACAACUCCCACACGCAUUCGACUAGUUACUUUAGAGAAAAUCAAUUUCGCUUUCUGCCUGCGCACGUGGCCAAAAGCUCCAGCUGGUCGUGGCUUCCAAUCAGCCGGCGAACGUCGGCAGAAGUAAGACUGCUAGAACAAUUCAAACGGGUACCGACGACAGCAACGACCAAAAAGCUCAUGCGAAAGUAUCUGGAGUUUUGCUGGGGACUCCCUUUUUAUGGUGCUGCCUACUUUCACGGUCAAGUCGAGCAGCCAGCUCGAGGAUUGGUUGGUCUGAUGCAGCAGAAGGACCUCCCGGUGCUAAUAGCAGUGAACGAACGUGGCAUUUAUGUGAUAGAUCAAAUUGAAUGCACCUUACUGCUGGGAUUACGGUACGAGGAACUAUCGUGGGACUACGCCAAACCAAGCAACGUGAACGACCCGGAAUGUUUGCCGUGCAUAUUUCUGCAGUUUGGCGCUGUUGAGAACGGAAUUGCUGCUACGAAACUUAUGCAAAUCUUCACCCGCCAGGCUGCCAUGAUAGAUGCCUUAAUAACCCACUUCAUCGAGCAGGCCAAGCGGCGGAAAGAAAGCGGCGAACAGGAGGUACCGGCCGGAGAGAAUCAGUACGAAGCGGAACCGAAUCUCAUCCAGAACAAUGGCAUGGGUGUGCUGAGUAACAAACUGUCGCGGCUAACGUUGGCUACGUUUGAUGACGAGGGGCGCUGCAUUGGCCAGAUGGGGUCACUUUCGAUAAGUUAUUAACAUUUAAUUCUCGUCUAAGGAAUGACAGCGAUGGCACCUAGCACAGUGUCACCAUGGGUAGGAGGAAGAUUGGAACCAUUUCGCUAACAUCAAUGCGAUGCGCGUUAGAAUGAAACCCGCGGUCAGGUGACGACUGUGGUGACUGCAUCCACGUUUUGGUAGCCAGUUGUAGGUAGUGUUUUACGUUGUUGGAGGUUGUAGUACGUGUUUUGCUUAUUGGGAAUUUAGUCCGACUGAAAACAAAAAAUUAGGUCAUGUAAUGAUGGACAGAGAUCGAGUUUCGACUGACUGACAAAUUGACGUCUUCGGUAAUGUAAGCAUGAGCAAGUUGGAUAAUUGACAUAACCUUGGUUUAGCUAUAGCUCGAUUUGUAUCGGACUCACUGUUUGGAGUUAGAACUGAUUCAGUGUGCCAGUUUUAAGUUUGAAGCUAGCAUACGACAUGCAAUUCUAAAAAAACAGGAUGGUCUUGUUUUACUUUUUCUCAUUUGAGAUGACGCCAAUUGAUGUCACAGUACUUUAGCCUAUAUUGUCAGUUAAUUUUCGUUUACUGUCAAAAUCUAUGUUAUUUCUCGGGAAACAAAGUUUGCUAGGGCAUAGCUUACAAGACAUUCAAACUUAGUAGUGUAGUGAACAGUGUUGGUGAUUGCCGAAAAUUUGACAGAAGCUGCUAUAUUGCUAUCUAUAUUGUAUACAACAUUUUCAAUCCGGUAGAAGAUGCUACAAGAACUCGAGUCUCUCAAUGCAUGAACCGCGAGAGAAUGAAUGAAUGUUGUUCUACAUUUCUUCGCUCCACUUCAUACUCUGAGUAUUUCACGGCCCUUAAAAAUCUUACAGUCUGAUAAUGAUCGUUGUUGUGUGGAAUUUCCCAAGAGAGAAUCGCAAGUUGACAAUUAUCGCAGAACAUCGAAUCGAUGAUUCAUUGUUGUUGCGAUCAUAUUCAUUUGUUAUUGCGAUGAUAUCCGUCUCUCUUUGAUGGCCCUGAUUCAAUCGUGUGAAGAGUUGCUGGUGAGCGUUCUUUGAUACGAUAAAAGGCAUCCUUGCUAGUAAUGAACAGUUUUUUUUUAAAUUCGAGCGUUUUUUGUGGUGUCACCCUAAGUAGCAGUUUAAAAUAUUUGACAGUCUGCACCUUGUGUUUUCAGAAUCAAAAGUCAGAUCUAGACAAAAUGUUGAUACUUUUGAUCGUUACUCCGGAUGCCUCCGGAACCGAAAACCGGUAGGUCCAGUACAGUCGAAGUUGGUAUUUAUGGUCAUACACAACAAGACAUAUGGAGUAGAAGAAUCUACUGACUAGUCCAAGAAAAUUUGUUUCGUUUGACAGUUUCACAUAUAAAACACAAACUGAUAAUUUAUUCAAACAUUACCUUGUGAUUCUGGAACCACAUUAGGAUCCAGAUGAAACUUAAAAAUUGUCCGUUGGUCAGUAAUACCUUGAAGAGGUUAAGAAUGUUACUUUUUUUCAGGCAAAAAUCUCCCACCGAAACUUGUCAGAACAGCGAUGUCUCUCAAAUACUCUUUGUUAUCCUGAACAACUCUCAAAGAUACCUUUUUCUGGUGAAGGCAGUUUGGUUCGAUAGUGAACCUAUUGAGCAUCGCCGUUUCAUUUAACAUAUCCAUCUUCUAAAACAGCAAAGCCUUGGUAUUACAUUCCUGUAGUGCAAUUUGACCUUCUGUUACAACAGACUUCGCAGCCGAUUCAGAGGGCCGUAUGAAUAAAACGUAGCAUGCUUGAAUUUCGGUAGUAAAUGCUACGUGUGGAUCACGUUCCUGUCAAAACAUGCUACAAACUGUAGUAUUUACUACAAGUUUUUGGUAGGUAGCUCUAGAGGUUGCUACUCGUGUGUUUGCUGAUAAAGUGAAGUACAGAAAUUAAAAAGUGGCAUUUUUACAGAAGUAGGUACGUUUCUUACUUUGUGCAUGCUUAUGCCAGCUUUUCCGGCUCUGUGUCGAUACGGUAUGCAGUAAAUGCUUAAAUUCGGAAGUAGCAUUAACUACAUGUUCGAACUUGUUUUUUAUUCAUACCAAACCGUGUUAUACUAUGUGAACUUUGUUUUUGAGAAGAUACUACAAACAACAGACUUUACUACAGUUAAUUCAUACGACCCAGAGUGUACAGAACGAUUGCAUGGCUGGUGCUACGAUCCUACUAACACUACGAAUUCUUCCAGAUCGGAGCUUGAACAUACGACAACUGGUUUUUAAGACCAGUGCCCUAUGCAUUCUGCAUGAUCCAGGUAUGACAGCUCGCGUUCUUCUGGGUUAACUAGACUGCCUUUCUUAAAGAUAGGUAUGAACGGCGACAGCGUGGUUGAACGAAGAAAACUUUUGCGGUCUCUAAUCAAUUCGUCUUCCAACUCAGACUGUAAUUUUGAAUAUGAUUUUCAAUCGAAGGGUCUGGUGUCAUUCUAGCGGAAUAUCUGUCUCUGUUUAGAGUUUUGCUUCAAAAUUUUCGGUAUGUGCAAUUUUCGAUAUUCAGAAAACUGGGAGUAGCAUACCAGUUUUAUUCGUCUCUGACAUUACCCACUCGCCUUUUUUACAAGGUGAAAUGCAUUUACGCUCGCAGUGUGGGACUCCAGUUGUAUUUGGAAGUACCCACCGAAACACCUUGGAUAUCCAACCCUACCUUCCAGGUACUACCGUUAGGGGGACUGGUUAAGUUCUUCUCAGCUUGGCGCAUUGACAUUAUUACGAUCUGCACCUUUCCUCCCUACAAUAGUUUUGUUUCCCGCUUCGACCCUUUUUGCUCUAAAUAUUGAGCCGCUCGUUUCGCUCCAAGAGCUGAUGCUACGUCGCGAAACGACUAGUCUCCUACGAAGGCUCCAGGCUACAUUGAGGGAGAAUUGUCCUACGAAGGAAGUUCUCCCGGAAACGACCUCUCGGAUACCCGUCCCGUCGAAUCGACCGGCAGGAUGCUCGGAUCGACCCAUUGAUUUCGGUUGGAAGAUGACUUCUGGUUCACUGGUGCUUCGAUGAUCCUAGCCGAAGUUAUGUCGCAAUCUACUUGCCUAGUUCUCGACGAAGAAACUAGGCUACUGCGACGAAGCAGUUCCCGACGAAGGACGUUUUCCCGACACCGGGUUUCCUAUCACAAAAAGAACACCCGUAGGAGUUGGUCCUAUGAUUCCGGUUGUAACAUGGUUCCCGGAUCUCUGACGCACAGAUGACUCGUAUUCAAUGCACCGGUUUUUAAGUCGGCGACUGCUCGACUCGACUAGUCCCAGGCGAAGAAUCUAGCCUACCUUGACAGAGAGUUCUCCGACCAAGGGAGUUCUCUCAAAAGACUGAAGCUUCCGAUACCCGUCAUGAAUCGGCCGGGAGGAUGUCUGGGUCGAUCCAAUAAUUCCGGAUGGAGAAAGAAUUCAGGGCCAUUGGAUCCUAAGCGGAUCCCGACGAAGGAUCCGGACUAUACCACCGAAGAGUUCCUCGAUGAAGGAAGUUCUCCUAAACCGACGCUUAUUAGCUGAUCUCUCCUGAUUUGGCAACCGGCGGUCACGGCUGCCUAUUGUGACACUGCGCUCCACUUCCACUGAAAGCUGUCCGCCAUCUGGUUUAUCACCGUCGACGCUGCGUUCCAGAUCUUCCCACUGUGGCAUCUUCUUUGGAUCAGGUUCUCUGGUGGAGUGUCCCCGCCGCAUACCUCAAGGGACAUUCGAGGAAGACGCGUUCUGCUGUCUCGCUAUUAUCUGGAGAGCCAGGGCUAGUAGACGAUACCGCGUGGCUAAACCUGUGCAGGUACCACCUGAAACCAUCUUGAAACUGCGCCUGGUAAAAGUUCAACUCGCCGUGGGGUCUAUCGAUCCAUCCAGAGACUCUUGGAAUGUGUCCACCCGCCCUUAGUAGAACUGUUCCACUUUCGUUACAACUCGCGUAGAGAAGUGGAAGACUAUUACUAUUAGUGCCAGUUACCACUAAUAAUCACAGAUCAAUUCAAUUCAGAUGCACUUUCUCACUAGACGAGACAUUUCUUUCGCCACACAUUCUCUGGAUGCCUCUUCUCAGGAAUAUUCAGGAACACGAAACAUCUUCUGUUGACUAAUUCUUAAAGUUUCUGAUCAAUCACUAGCUUCAAAAGGUCCAGUUGUAGACAGUAGAGAAACGAAUGUUGUGUUUAGUCAUAUGGAAAGAACUCAUGAUAAAUUCUAAGACAAGGCAGCUCGCGUAACGGGCUUGGCUCCGAGCCUGGGAGUCUCUUUGACGGUUUUGGUGCUGUACUGUUUUCGUUACCACAGGGUCAUUCUCAUCAUAUUUCGCAGUGUUUGCAGCAAGAUUAGUGCAAAUCCCUAAAGAAAAAAUCAAAAUAAACUAAAUUCAACAAUGCAAUAAUUGUUUGCAUGUUCUGAAAUAUUCAAUACAGCUUGCGAAUUAGCCUCAACAGUCAACAUACCAAUAAGUUAUAGAUGCUUUAAUUGCUUCCGGUAAUGAGGUUAUUGUGGGUACUCUACACGGAGAACCCUUCGAUCAUAAAAUUGCGAUAUCGCAGUUUUUGAUUUUUGCGAUAGUUGAUUUAACUAAUUUCUUUUUGAUUCAACCAAUAUGGUUUUUGAUUUGCAUAUAUUCAACUAGUUGAAAAAUAUGUUGUUUUGAAUGCUAUCAAAUGCCGGAGACAGUUGAAAGCAAAACAAUAAUCGCAAUGCAAAAUCAACAACUUUUUUAGUUGAAAUCUGUUCGCGUCGCUUCAAAAUGUCAAUAAAAACAACAUCGAUGGUUAAAGCGUUUGGUGAAAUUGUGUUCAUUCGAUUUGAGAAAUUUAUGAUUCCAUAACAAGUGUUUAUCUAACAGCGGUGUUGUGAUAAAGUUAACCUUGUUUAAGAUGAAAAAGAUUUGUUGACGUUAAUGAAUGAUCAUCUCGUAAUCUUUCAGGUAUGCGCAAAAAUUUUAUGCUUCUAAUUCGAUCAUUGAUUUACUUCCAGCAGACUGUUUUACUUCCAGCUGUUUGAUACCGAUGAUGAUGUUCAUGCAUUAGCAAUAAAACGCUUUUUGACAUGAAUUUAAUUUAUAAAAGUAACAGGAGCGAAGGGUUUCAAACACACAGAACGCGCUGCGAUUGAAUGGCGCGUUUGAAUUUCCGUCGCGAAAUUCCAAUUCCCAGCGGUUGAUGCACCCAAGUCAUAUAAAUUGACUAAAAUUAUCAGUGCAUAACUUCGGUUCAACCGUUUGAAGGCAUCAUCUUUCAAUACUCAUUUUAGGUAAAUUUAAUAAUUUCGCUAAUUUACUCGCCCCUCCGGGCACCUUUGCUGAUUGAAAACGUUUUUCUACAUCAAUCAUUUCCGAUCGAAUCAAAAGUAUUUUUUUAGAAUUUAGAUCUUUACUGAUCUCGACUUGACAUGAUCAUGAUCAUACAAAAAUCAAAAUCACUUAGAGAUCAGAUAAGUUCUGAUUUCGUAAUGAUAAUUUAUUCCUUGGUUAACAUCACUUGAAAUCAGCAGUGAUCUGUGGUUUGCCAGCCCUAAUGUUAUUACAUGUCAAUAUGAAAUACUGUUUAUAUUUUAACAACGAUAUUUAUUUCAUGAAUCUCAACAUACCGAACUUUUUUCAAACAGGUCAUGACGUGUAUCAGUAAGUAUAUUUUGAUUAUUUUCGCAAAUCAAUAACAUUGUUCGAGUUGAUUCAACUAUUUGCAAUGUCUAAAACAAAUAAAACCGGUUUAUUUUUCAACUAACAGAAUUUUGUUUCAAUAACAACACCAGUUAUUUCAACUAAAAUAUUUGUUGAAAUUGAAAGGUAUGUGUCCUCACUAAUUGACAGCAUUUUUUUUUUCAAACAGUUAAAUUAGUUGUUUCAACCAUCGUUUCUGCUAAUCGAAAAACAAAAUUGACAGUUUAGUUAAAACAACAAUCGAUUAGUUGUACCAAAUUUUAACCAAUCGAUUUCAGAAAAUCAACUAAUAUUCUGGUUGAAAUGGGAUCGCAGGUGGUUCCGUGUAAAUAGAUAUUUAUGAAAUAUCCAAAUGUUGGAUAGCUCAAUACCACACAAUAGACGACGAAAUUUUUGUUAUUACGACAAGUAUUAUUAUUUGACUAAUGGAAGGUAAAUAACAUGCAUUAAUAUAUAGAAGAAAUUGGCAGCACUGUCAAUGUCGCUACACUGAUGAAAAUUUGUACGAUCGAUUCAUAUGUAAACACCACUUCAAUUUAAUGUGCUUUUUCAUUUCAAUACAUAUCCAAAGUGAUUUGUUCUAAGAUUUCAUGUGCAAAUUCAUUAAAAUGUAAGAUGAGAUUAUUUUUCACUUAGCUUUUAUGUGUUUUUUUUUCUUCUUUUGGAUGUUAUGUGUUGAAUUGAACUACAUGUGUUAAACACUUAAUUUUCAAGAAGUAAUGAGUACAGCACAAAUGUAUGUGCAAAACAAUUGAUUCGGUCAACUGCACAGUUCGAAAAAAUCUUGUGAUUUUACAUCUUAUAAGAUGCACAUAAAUGGAGCGUCGUAUUUCAUACAAAUUUAUAUUCAAGAAUAUGGAAAAUUGUGUGAUUUGAAAAUUACAUGUCUUGAAUUCGAAUGAAAUAAAAAACAAAAAAUCGAUAGCAGCAGCGCGACUUGAACCGAGAAACAUCAGAUCACAAGCACAUCGGUUACACGACUGGACCGCAGAGCUCAUAUCUGUUCAAUGAAUAAUUGAUAAAUAUAAAUCCAUACAGCGGCACUUGGUAGCCGAGUGCAUAUUACACUCGGACAAUGUAAAAUUCUGUGCGAAUGGAAUAUUGCGUCAUUUUAAAAAUUUAGUAGCUGUGAAUUAUAUCGUUUGUAGAAUUCUGUCACCUGAAAAAUUCAUUAUUUUUUUCUGUGUAUGUUUCAAUUGAAAUUUAUAUGAAAAACAAUGUGACAUUCAUAUGAAUUUCAUAUAGAAUCUAGAGGUUAUGAUGUAUAUUAUCAUUUUGAUGUGCUUUUCAGAUAAAUGAAACAUGAUUUCCCCUAAAUAUCAACAGGUUUUAAACUCAUUUUAUGAUUUAAGUAUAUGUUUUCAUGAAUUUCAAGUGUUCUACAAUUAGUGAUAGUUCAAAUGCUCUGCACAUGAUGCUAGUGUGCAGAUUAUUUUCAGUGUAGUCACAUACAGUCAACUAUCAUUUAUAAUUCUGCAGGGCCCAUGAAAAGCAAACAAAAAAAGAGUAAGAAGUCAGUCGUCUCGUCUCGUCUUAGAAAGAAUUAAACAGAAACGAAAGUCGCAAAUGUUUUGUUAUUACAUUCAUUUGUCAAUACCAUAAACACCAUUUAAAAUUUCAGCUGCCAAAUUUUUGGUCUUAUCUUUGAAAAACUUUAAAAUUUGCCGAAUUUUCUCUUUGGCGACUUCCAUUUUUAACACCCUGUAGUUCACAAUUGAAUGCACCAAUCGAAUAACAGCAAAUGAAUUUGUUUAGUGAGAAAUGUCACCUUGACAAUGAAUCGUCUGCAGGCUUAAAAAUAGUUACUCAAAAAUGAGUAAGAUCUCACUCAUCUACAGAAAAAGUGGAACAACUCUAAUUUAGAGUAACUCCGAAGUUACUCAAAUUUGAGUUCUUCCACUGGAAACGAUAUUUGGGUAAAAUCUACUCAUUUACUGAGUAAUACUUUAUUCGUACAUGUACAAAAAUAGAGUAACUAUCACUCAAAUUUUGUGUGAAAUUUUAUUUCACAUAUACCAAAUUUGCAAAAAAAUUGCUCCUUUUCUGAGUGUAUUGUAUUAAAAUGUUAAAUAAUUGAACUCAAUACUAUAUCAAGUGGUGGUCGCUUGGAGUAGUGUGUUAUGCUCAGGCACCAAUCAUACACUUAUUCCUCAUAAAUCACAUUUGAGCAUAUUCGUUUCCAUUCUAAAGCACAACACGAAGCUGAUCAUUCCGGUUUUUGCAGACACAACACCGUUUGUGUUGAUCGACUCACCCUCGAAAUACGCGUCUCACUAACAAAAAAUACAACCUGUUGCUACAAAUGGUUAUUACAACUUUUAGACUUAUCGCGAAUGCGAAUAGUAACUAUAAAACGAGAUUUUGCGUUAAACUCAAAUUUAGAGUAGAAGUUACUCAAUAUCAUUGAUGAUAACUACUCAAUUUUUGACGUUUCCAUGUAACAUUUGAAAAUGAGUAACUAGUACUCAAACUUUGAGUAACUUUUUCUAAGCGUGUGCGGUGACAAGAUGUCACCAUUUGUUUAAUCGAUACUUUACGGAAUGUCGCCUCCAUUAGCAGCAUAGAUAUACGAAGGAUAUGAGAUAGAAACGGACUGCUCUCUUUAGAAAAAUCUGGAAGGCAUAAACAUUUUCAAUCAGUCGUAAUUCACAGUAAUAAGCAAACCAACAGUAGUCCUGCAACUGGGUAAACAAAAUGACCGAUCACGCAUUCAUUGAAUCGAAUACAUUGUAACAACAUUUGGUCAACGUUUCUUCCUCCUAGCUAGCAAAAUAUAACCCCAAUGUUCAUAUUAGGAAAAUCUUAAAACUAAGAUUACAACCCGAUGCUGUUGAGAUUCAGGUGAUAUUGUGCGAAAACAAACUAACGAACACACGUAGAUUCAAGAAAAGAAAGAAAAAAGUAAAAACAAGUGCGUGGGCUAAAUAUAAAACAUGAUACGAAUUUACCUGUAAAUAGUGUAAUUGAAUUGAUCAAACGCAGUUUCGGUUAUAUUUAAACGAGCAAAAAUUCUUGUACUCAAACAAAUUGAACUAGUUCGAUAGUACGCCAACAAGAAAAACCACUCACUCACUCACUCACUCACUGAAAAUCAACAUAUGUAUAGUGAUGAAAACCCCACACCGUUUCUUUGUAUAAAACCAAACACUCAUACAAAAAUAUGAUAAUGAACGGCUAUUGUAAAUUGGAGUGGAUAAAAAAUAAUAAUGAACGGAAUUUCUCGCGGCAAUGAACGAAGCUAGAACGAAACCGGAAGGGAUAAGAUAAUUUUGAUAAGUUUAAUAAGAAAAAUAUACCAAAAUGAAAUAUGUAAAUCUACCUUACAUAUACCGCGAUAAAAUAAAUAUAUAUAUUUAGAUAUUUUGUACUAAUGAGAACGAUUGUCGCGAGAUACGGAACGUUCCGCAAAAUGCACUGAGGAAAAAAUACAGACGCAAACAUAAACGCAGUACACAAACCCAAAACCGAGUGGAUCAAAAUGGUAGCCAUGAAAAAAAUGGAAAAAAUAAAAAUGAAGAAACAGACAAGAAUAGUCGGGCUAGAAUAACAGAUUAAUCAAGUCAAAUUCAUACACACACAUACACUCUUACACAAACACAGGCACACAAAGUCGACCACGCGCGAACCGAGAUGAAACAGACUAGGAGGACAACCGAUAUCAAUAACUUAGGCUAAGUUUAGUUUGGUUGAACAGUGUAAAGAAAGAUGAUAAAUAAUUCGUAUGAAAUGGAUAGACAGGAGGUUUAGGAAGAUGAUUACUUUUGAAUAAAAAACGU